GACAGACGCACACAUCUGCAAUAACAGCGACACAGACGCAAACCCCAGUGAGAAGAAGGACUGAGCGUGUCGACAUGCCUGUUCGACAGAAAGAUGCUCAGCGAGCCGUGGAGCUUCUACAGCAGUACCGGACCAAACUUGACCAAAGACAGCAGAACCAGAGCGGGACCAAACAGGGUCUUGUGGAGGAGGACUCCCAGCUGCAUCAGUCUCUGGACAGAGUCAUCAAUGUCUUCCAAAGUCAGCUUUUUAGUGCUCUGCUGGACAUUCAGGAGUACUACGAGUUAACUCUCCAUGCAGACAGCAAGAGUUCUGUGGACCAGACAGACGCUCCGUGGAGCCUCCCGGCCUCCUGUAACCUUCCAGCAGAGCUCUCCGCCCAGCCACAGCCCUCCUCUGUUCCCCUGAGCCCCCGGGCUUAUGAAGGAUCAUCCCAGCUAAAACCUCUGACCCCCAGACCCAAGUCAAUCAAGUCCCAUGCUGCUCCACUCCCAUCCGUGACACCCACAACAAAGCCAUCUUCCCCUACAACACGGUCCGUUUCCCCUCAGCCACAGCCAGCUAAGGUCAAGUAUCGUGCUCCUCUCCCUCCUGUCCAUCCUGGAGCCUCCGACUCGCAGGCAUCAGAGACUCAUGUGCCCUCUUCUCCCUCUGCUGCCACAUCCCCCCGGGUCACAGUGAAUGGUGUGCAAACCCCCACUGGCUCCAUAAAAAACCCUCCUGGAUCAUCACUGAAUGGAACAAAGCCACAUCCCACUGCCACCAACUCUAAUGUUUCCUCAGAAAGCUCCACCACCUCCGCCAAUCCACAAAGUGAUUCUGUCUCUCCAGACCUCAACCUGAUAACUGUGUCGGCCCUCGUCUCCAACACCAUCCAAGGCUUUCUAGAUCCAACCACUCCAGACAAACUUACAUCCACCAGCAGCACUCCUAUCACCAGCCCAGGAGUCAGCAGAGUCACGGAGGCUGCUAUAGUCUCGACAGCUCAUGCUACCAGAAAGGACCCAGGCAUAGGCAAAGUCACUCCCAGCACGAGUCCAACAAGCCCCAACAAGGGAAUAUUUAUCUUCAGCAGCCGCAGCCCCGCAGGUCCUCCGGGACCUUUGACUAAAGGGCUUUAUCAGAGUCCAACCAGCCCCGGGGCAGUGAAAGUCACCUCCACUAGCCCUAGCUAUGGCCCAGCCAGCUCCAGGCCAGCUACGAGCCCACUGAUCCCCAACAAGGCCAACCCCCCUCCAGUGGUGGUCAACACCGACAGCGUCGACACCCCACCAUAUGUCAAUGGAACAGAAGCAGACUAUGAGUAUGAGGAAAUCACGCUGGAGCGGGGUAACUCAGGUCUGGGGUUCAGUAUCGCAGGAGGGACUGAUAACCCUCACAUCGGGGAAGACCCCUCUAUCUUCAUCACCAAGAUUAUACCUGGAGGGGCCGCCGCCCAAAAUGGACGACUCAGGGUGAAUGACUGUAUAGUCCGGGUAAAUGAGACAGACGUCAGGGACGUGACCCACAGCGGGGCUGUGGAGGCGCUGAAGGACGCAGGAGGUCUGGUCCGACUAUGCAUACGACGCAGGAGGAGCCUCUCUGAGAGAGUCCUGGAUAUCAAGCUGGUCAAAGGACCCAAAGGUUUAGGAUUCAGUAUAGCAGGUGGACUCGGAAAUCAACAUGUCCCGGGUGACAAUGGUAUCUACGUGACGAAGAUCAUUGAAGGAGGGGCUGCACACAAAGAUGGACGACUACAGAUAGGGGACAAACUUAUGGCUGUGAACGCCUCCUGUUUGGAGGAGGUGACUCAUGAGGAUGCGGUGGCUGCCCUGAAGUCCACCCCUGACGUCGUUUACCUCCGUGUGGCCAAACACACCUCCCUUUUUAUCAAUGACAACUUCCCUCCGCCGGACGUCACUAAUUCGUACUCCCCACAUCAAGACAACCAUAUAAGCCCCUACAUGAGCGGCAGCCAGUCUGUAAGCCCCGCCCCGUUGACCACGCCCAGAUACUCGCCGUUGCCCAGGGCAAUGACCGGAGAUGACGACAUCCCCAGGGAACCCAGGCGGGUGGUGCUCCAGCGGGGGUCCACAGGUCUCGGUUUUAACAUUGUUGGAGGGGAAGAUGGAGAGGGAAUCUUCAUCUCCUUCAUUCUCGCCGGAGGUCCAGCUGAUCUCUGUGGGGAGCUACGAAAGGGAGACCGCCUCCUGUCGGUGAACGGUGUGGACCUGUCCAGUGCAACACAUGAGCAGGCAGCAGCAGCUCUGAAGAACGCAGGACAGACCGUUACCAUAGUGGCGCAGUACAGACCUGAGGAGUACAGUCGUUUUGAAGCGAAGAUCCAUGACCUGAGGGAACAGAUGAUGACCAGCAGUGUCAGCUCCAGCUCCACGUCGCUCCGCUCCACACAGAAACGCACACUUUACGUCAGAGCGUUGUUCGACUACGACGGAAGUGUGUCAGAUCUGAGCGCGCCCAAUCAGGUCCUACCAUUUCAUUUCGGGGAUGUUCUCCAUGUGAGCAGCGCAGGCGAAGAGGAGUGGUGGCCCGCCCGUCACCUCAGCCCCCCGCCUCCAAACUGCCCUGAAGUCGGAGUCAUCCCCAGCCGCAGGAGGGCGGAGAAGAAGGAGAGGUCGAGGUUAAAGUCUGUCAGAGUGUCAAGGUCUCAGGACCGAUCGGAUCAGGAUGAUAAAGAGCUGGUAACCUCUGGCACCAGCGAUAGUGAGAGUAGUUCCUCUGGUCAGGAGGAGACCCUCCUCACUUACCAACCUGUCAUGCAGCAGGAAGUUAAUUACACGCGACCAGUUAUCGUGCUUGGACCAAUGAAAGACCGGAUUAACGAUGACCUCAUCUCCGAGUUCCCUGACAAGUUUGGCUCCUGCGUCCCACACACAACGCGGCCGCGGCGCGACUACGAGGUGGACGGCAGAGAUUAUCACUUCAUGUCCUCCAGAGAGCUCAUGGAGCAAGAGAUCCAGGAACACAAGUUUAUAGAGGCUGGACAGUAUAACAACCAUCUGUAUGGAACCAGCAUACAGUCGGUCAAGGAAGUCGCUGACAAGGGUAAACACUGUAUACUGGAUGUAUCAGGGAAUGCGAUAAAGCGUCUCCAGUUGGCAGGCCUCCAUCCCGUCGCUGUCUUCAUUCGACCACGCAACGUCGACAAUAUCCUAGAGAUGAACAAACGUUUCACUGAGGAGCAGGCGAGGAAGACCUUCGACAGAGCCGUCAAACUGGAGCAGGAGUUCACAGAGUUCUUCACCGCUAUCGUCCAGGGUUCGUCUCUAGAGGAAGUGUAUUCGCAGGUGAAGCAGAUCAUUGAGGAGCAGUCUGGUCCUUACAUCUGGGUGCCCACCAAGGAGCGACUCUGAAUAAACACACACCUACUACAUGAUCACACACAUCACUCUUUCAACACUUCCUACAUCUCUAAUUUUCUAUUAUCAGCCUGCUUCCUCUUUCUCUCUCUUGUACACACACAUUACUACACACACACACACACACACACAGACACACACACACACACACACACACAUUUACACAAGCACAUAAAGUCUGACGAGGCUGGGACUAUCUGGGACUGCUACUUCCUGAAGUGGGAGGGGCUAAUGUCCAUCCAGCAGCCUAUUGGUGGAUCUUCCUACAGCUCGGUUCCUUAAUGUUUAAGGAGGUGGUUCAAAUCAAGGCGACAUGUACCAUUAUCUGAUUUGAUUUCAUUAUUGUUCUUCUUAUUGUUGUUGUCGUUGUUGUUUUCAUAUUAACGAAGGGUAAUGCAUUCAUGUAUGGGUUUGUAAUGAUAAUGUUGUCACCAAAAGGCAGACUUUUGCACGCUGUAGCUUUAAGAGCAUGUUUUUGGGACAAAAUCUUGAUCUUCUCCCCGACUGUACGUCCUCAUGGCAUUGGUCCUGUUAAAUCUUUUUCUAUCUUUCUCUUACAUCCCAUCCCUACCUCCUCCUCAUUUCCCCUGUAGACUACAGACUUUAUAUAUGAGGUGAAAAUGUUGUAAGGUGCCCCAGCAUUUUGGUAUCUGGUGCCAAAAAGAAACCUUAGUACAAUUAGAGACAUAGCAAGAAAACAAUCAAUCACAAUUGAGACUCUUGUUGAUAUUUCUUGUAACAAGCAGUAAUGUGUAAUCAAAAAUUAAGUAGAAAAGUAAAUUAUACUAUACUGUAUAUACUGUCCAGAGUUAAUUUGGUGCCCUGAGCCUGUGUUUCUCAAAUUUCUGAGAAUAAUGCUCAUAAAGGAAAUUGAAAAAUCACUAAAAGAUUUGGACACAAUUCUAUCAAGCGUCUUCCUCCUAUUUACAGCAAAGUGUAGGCGUAGCCUUUAAGAGCAGCUUUCAGGUGACAGGAACAGCCAAUCAGAGUCAAGGAUUCUGUAAAAGUCAUUUUAAUUGUUAAAAAGUAACAUUAUUACUUACUUACGUACUACAUGGAUACGGAUGGGCUGAAAUGGAAAUAAAAAGAAAACCAAACUGGAGCAGGUUAGAAACUCUCCUGUUGCUACACCAAAGGAAACAGAUAACGAGGGUAAUUUAGUUCCACAGUGACGAGUGCAGAUAAUGAAAAUGCAAUGACCGCAUUAUUCUUGUUAUUUGGCCACAAGAAGGAAAUAAAAUAAAAAGUAAUUUAGAAUCCUAUUAAAUGUUCAAAUCGAAUGCAAAUAAAAGUGGGAGUAAUGGUGAUGUCAAACAUUUCACUUUUAGCAGUUUGAUUAAUAGAAAAAGAAUUGUAACACCCAAGUCUUCGUCUCACAAGGGCUUCUCUGCCGUCCCCCCUCCUCCUCUUCCUCCUCUCUCUCUCUCAUUGCCUUUAUCUCCCUCCUCUCCUUCUCCACAUUCACAGUGUGACAUUAGUCGAGGACUCCACCAUCAAACAGUGUAUCAUCUUCUUCAUCAACACUAUCAUCACCAUCAUAAUCAUCAGCAUCAUCAUUAUAGCUUUCCUUCUUACUGUAGUUGCACUAAUGAGGGCUGAUUUCUUAAAAGCAUCUAAUCACUUCCCAGUGUUUCUGGUGUUUGGAUGUGUCACACACUCACUUUUCUUUCAGCUAUCAGUGAUUAUGAUGCUGGUUUGAAAGAGCUAACACGGUCAGGGAACUCUUCAUGGUCAUUUGCUGUAUGUCAUGCUAUUGUUGCGUAGUUAAAGACAUCAGGUGAACUCCUCUGGUAAAUGCUACUGUCAUGGCUCACUAAUCAGCUGCAUUAGCUCUCUUUGCAACAGGUUUUGUUUAUGCUGGAUUUAUACGUUUGAGCCUUGAGUCCCAGUGUGCAUGAAUAACACCUGACACUAGCUCCAUUUGUGACCUAAGUACUCCAUACGUCACCCCAUGAUACAGGCACAUGGUGGACAAUCAAAGCGCUGUAUUUUCACCUGUUAUCUAGCAAGGGCGUGUAUUAGCAAAGGUGUUUUCAUGAUACACAGACUGUCCACAGUUUGCCAAGAAAGAUCUGUUUUCUGGAAAAUGUUUUUAUUUUAAAGCGCCGUUUCCCGCUUUAUCGGCACUACAACAUGCAACUUUACAGUACAACUAGCAUCUCGAUGCUGGCUCUGUCAGUCACGUGACCCUCGCUUUGCACAUCUCUUGACUGAGGUGAGCACACGUCACAGACUAUGGUUGAUUUUGUGCUAUACCGCUGAUUUAAACAAAAAAGAAAAGCAGUGAAUGUGGAAAUAAACUAUAUGUUGGUUUAGCUGCAGGCAAACAUUUAUCUUUAUUUUUAAACAUCUGCAAGAUUACGAAAACACCUUUGAAGACGCAACCCUCUGCUGGGUAAAUUACAGUAAAAAAUAACGAUUUAGAUUAUUCCCUUAAAGCGAUAUAUAUCAAUAGAACAAUAUAUCAAGUGAGAAUGUGACAAUGUGAAGAGAGAAUUAUCUCCUGAAUCUGCAGCUCUCCUCUUGGUUCAGUCUCACCGCUCUCAUAGUGUUGUGUUUGGCCGCAGCAGUUCUGAAAGCUCACAGUAAACUACCUGCUCAGCACCAACGGACAGACUCAGUUAGCGGCUGGCUGGUGAACAAAGUGGAGCAUUUGCAUUUCCCUCUUGAGUUGGUGGAGACCAAAAACAGAGCUAAAAGAGAGUGACGUCACAAAUGGGGCUUUCUGGAAACAUGACGACAACCUCUGUUGUCGUUGAACAUUUGAAAUACCGAGAUGCUUUUGGUAAAAAAAAGCCCCCAUAUGGACCUUGUCAGCCACCCACUUCCCAUCUCCACCCUCAACCCCCGAGGCGUAUCCUCCAAGCUGACUGGAGACCAGAGACGUACAGAAAGACCGUUCUGUCAACAGAGUAGCUUUGAGACCCAAAUAAUAAAUAGUUUUAACCACAUGUGUUUUGAAAGCUUUAAUAUUUCCUCACAGGAUGUCCAGCUAAUCAUUUAUUUUUGCAUCUGUAAUCCUCUAUGAAUCCAGUGAACCAGUGGUGUUGUCAGUUGACAGAACUGGACUCUCUGUGUGACUCUGGCUGUGUGUUUGAGCCAGGGGACCAUGCCACUGUCUGUUAGAGUAAAGCACCGAUGCAAAGAAUCUAUUACAGAGAUGGAUCUACUGUAUAUCUAACAUAUUAUAAUAUUUAUCCCUGCUCUAACUGCCUAUUUUGGUACAAAAAAAAUAAAAGUCUUUAUUGAGAUUUACUGAUAUCCCUCGACCGAU